CCCCUUCCUUCUUCCCUCACCCCUUCCUUCUCUGCCAGCCAGGCCGUGACAGGAAACCUUGCCCUGUGGCGGGGGCAGGCGAGUCACCCAGGCUAGAACAUGAUCUCAUUCCUUGCCGGCACCAAACACAUAUAAAAUGUUGAACCGAGGCCCGCAACCGUAGAGCACAGACAGUUGACACUGGUCAUUGACUGGAGAUUUGAGCUACCACAUAUACUUGACAAAUGAUGAUGGGUAUUCUACGAGUACAAGAGAUGGUUUCCGGCAAGAAAUGUGAGGGCAAAGAAUCCAGAGAUGUGCAGUCUUCAGAGGGAGAAUACGAGACAUCCAUCAACCAGGAGAAACAAGAGGACCUGAGAUCUCACAAGGACAGCCUGGCUGACACCGAUGCCCCCAUGAAUUUAAAUGUAGACAAAUCUGGCCAUCUGCGGUUAGAGACAAUUGAUGACCUCCAGAUUAUGCUGCAACUGAGGAUGUCGAGAAAGAGAGCGAGAAGAGUACAAGUUCGCAAGCCACCACCCGCACCCGAGACUGUGCCUUACUAUGUGGAUGAGGUGGACUUUUUCAAGGCCUGCGAGGAGAACAAACUGCCAUUGAUCGAGAGGUAUCUGGAAACAUCAGGAGACGUCAAUGCUUGUGACAAUUUCAGACGUACAGGCCUGCACAGAGCUUGCACACAGGGACAUGUGGACGUUGUGAAGAGGCUACUGGAGGCUGGAGCAUUAAUUGAGAACAAAGACAAGCUGGAUACCACUGCUGUCCAUUGUGCCUGCCGAGGAGGAAGCAUGCUUGUGUUAGAAGUGCUGCUCAACCACGAUGGCAGCUUCUCUGCCAGGGAUAAGCUACGCAGCACUCCCCUUCACGUUGCAGUGAGAACCGGACACUAUGAAUGCGCUGAACAUCUCGUCCACUGUGGAGCGGACAUCAAUGCCAAAGACAGAGAAGGAGAUACCCCCAUGCACGAUGCAGUAAGACUGAACAGAUUCAAAAUCAUCCAACUACUUCUGCUUCAUGGAGCCAAUCCAAAACUCAAGAAUUGCGAGGGGAAGUCAACAUUGGAUAGCACUCUGGAGUGGCAGAGUGGGGCUAAAUCCAUUCUCAGCAGCUUCAAGGAUGAUGCAAAAACUCCAGUCAAGUAAAGUCCAGUUCAGUUGCAUUUUAAACAGGUCUCAAACUCAGAAUAAGAAGAUAAAAGCAAAUGCUAACCCAGUUCCUUUGUGGAGAGACUAACUUUCACAACUACUCAGUCGAUUAUGGCGAUACAGCUUCCAAGGUUUCAUUAAACGGAGGCUGACUUCAAGACUGAAAGUCAUUUCUUGCUAACCAGCAGAAGUUUGGGCCGAAAAAUUGAAGUAACUUUGCAUUUGCUUGUAAGGAUGUUUGUUUCUUUAUAGGCAGCUUAUUGGAGGUCGGAGAUGCUCAAGAAGGUUGAAAAGGUUGACAAAUAACUAUAUGGGGAAAGAGAAAGUUUGGAAAUUGUAGUUGUGACUUGACUUAUGACAUCAGCAUGACUAUAAUAUGCAUUCAGUUACAUACUAAAUUGUAGUUUAAUUGUUGAAAAAAAUAUUUUGAAUCAAUACAUUCUUCAUUUCUCUUUAAUAUAAAAUGACAGUGAGCUGGUGGCUUCAAACUGAUUUUGUGCUAGUCAGUGAGAACACAGGAUUUUAAAACGCUUGUGUGAUUCUAAUGCACUUCCUGAAGUCAUUUUAAUUGUUCUACUACAUGUUUACCUUUAGCAUUUUGCUUGUCAUUUUACAUUACGAAAUAAACAGUAUUGCCGUUGUCA